CGAGUGGAACUGGUGUGGCUGCUGGAGAGAUAGGCAGAGAGGCAGAGAGGCUGUGCUGAACAGACGUUGGGUCAGAGCGCUCAGUUGCUUCAGACAAUCACAGGGGAGCGAGAGAAAGACACAGGAAAAGAGACACACACAGAGAGAACACCACAUAGAAAGAUAGCUUGAAAAGGGAGUGAGAGACAGGGGAGGGAGGUAAAUAUGUGACAGGAUGUGGUUUCCCUGAGCUUGCAGAACAUUGGUAUACAGGCAUACUUUGAGCAUGACCUAAACACACUGAGCUUACAAGUGUGUUUGAGCUCAGUUAGGUGGCGAGGGGGAAGACGAAGCAAACCGCUGGAGCUGCUGCUGUGCCUGUAGAGCCGACAGACGCUCUGGUUUCUCUGCUGCCUGCUGGAUUGUGAUUUCCUUUAAGCCAGCCGGUUCCACAGCAACCUCUGUCAGCUUGUCGGACAGGAUCUGAACCUGUCUUCCAUCCUCUCUUUGUGCUGGUCUCCUUUCAAGUAGAAUGUUUUUCUCUGCUGGAAGCUGUGGUCCAAUUGCUGCCUUUGAGUCCAAGCAGUGAACUUUUAAACAAGAUUGUGAAACAGGAGGACAUGACCACAGGAAUACAUACUGUGAACAUGGGUCAUUUGAAGCAUUUCAACCAACAACCACUGCUGUUGUUUUUCCUGUGAGAGUUCGUGCACAGAGAGACAGACACACUGUGAAGCUAUGGGCUGCGGGCUGCGUAAGAUGAAGCCGACGUCGGAGGAGUGCAGUCCAGGGAAGAUUUACUCAACCCUGAAGAGACCACAGGUGGAGACCAAGGUGGGCGUGUCCUACACCUACCGCUACCUGGACUUCCUCAUUGGCAAAGAUGGUGGGACGUCCACACUGCGUCUCUCGUCUGUGCGAGAGCUGCCAGGCCAGCUGCAGGAACUUUACCAGCAGGGUUUUGUUCUGGCAGCCGUUCACCCGUUCAUCCACCCCUGUGGUCCAGAGUCCAACAGCCCACAGCACCAGCUCUACCGGGCCAUACUGGUCAGACUCAAUGACGGGGUGGAAAGGAGCCAGUCAGUCUGCCCUCCGUACAAACUACAGCUGGAAGAGUGUCUGUCUGCUGAGCAGGUGCCCACCCCAGAGCUCAUCCAGGGCUACGUCAAGAAGCAGAUACAGGACGCUGCUGACCAGGGGGUGAUGUUCGUGGGAUUUGUCCAGGAACCCUAUGGGGCCCCAUGCACCAGAAUCAGAGAACCAGACACCCCCUCCCUUUCCCUGCACUCCAGCCCUAGCUCUGUGCUAGGUUCCCUGGGCAGCUGCAGCCCCUCGAACCCCUCAAGCCCCAGAAACCAUGCGGAACCUGGAGCUCAAGCUGAUGUAGUGGACAAAGAGGAGAAUGAGGAAGCCUCAUGCAAGGCCGGGGAAGGAGCACCGGGUGGGGAGAAGAAUCAAAGUGAGAAUACUGGGAACCAUUCAAGAAGCAGGGUGGAGGGCAGUCAGGACGAGGUCUCGCCUGCGGCGUCUCCAAUAUCAGAGGGAGAUCUGGAGCACAGUGAGGAGCUGACGGAGGAGGACUCCCCGUGUCACAAUAACAACAAAGACAGUGGCAGAGACACAAAGGAGAGGCCGAGAUACCGCCUGCGGAGGGGCGAUGGGGCGGAACUGCUCGCUUUGUACAACCACCCGCCAGUCCGAGAGGGCCAGGUGAAGUACUACACUGUCAAGGUUCCACUGCGGGUUCAAAAUUGUGAUGAGGGGGUCAAAGGCGUGGAGGCCAACUGGCUGGAUCACAUGACCCAACAUUUCAACAACGGAGCCUCACUGGUCGAUGGAUACUUCCACCUGGGCAACGUGAACGAUAUGCUGCCUAAGUCGGUGGAAAGUGUCUUCAUCUUCCAGGAGGGGAGCGAGGGCGAGCCGAAUGAAGCCACCCCGACAUAUGACGCCAUCGUAGUGGAGCAGUGGACCGUCAUUGAUGGUCUGCAGGUGAAGGCAGAUUAUGUUCCUCUGCUACAGUCCCUGGCCACAUAUGGAUGGAGACUCACCUGUGUGCUGCCAACUCCUGUAAUCAAGACUAACAGUGAUGGAAGUCUGUCCACCAAACAGAUUGUUUUCCUGCAGAGACCCAUCUUGGGCCGAAAGAGGAGGGAAUCCAAGAAAUUGAUCUUCAAGUCCAACAAGAACUGCAUCAAAGAUGCAGCAAAGAACAAGAAGAAGAAAAAAUCAAAAAAUGUGAAGGAUGCAGAGGAUCCCAAGAUUCUUGAUGACAGAGAAAAGGCUGAGAAAGAGGAAGACAAGAGUAGGGAUGAAAGGGUGAACGCAAUAGAUGUAGAGGCAGCAAGAGAAAGUGAGACAUCGAAAGAAAGGGAGGUGAGGUGUGAUGAAGAUAGAAAGACUGAUGAUGGGAUCGAAAUCAGCAUAGAGACUGAUGGAGGAGCAGAGACAAAAGACAAAGGAGCAGAAAAUGGCACAGAAGAAGAGGGAGAAGAAAAAAUAGCAAUGGAUGGAGACGGAUCAAAAGAGAAGGGAGAGCCUUUAGAAAAAAGUGAGAUCCAGGAAGUGUCAGAAAUCGUUGUGACUGUCGAAACACAGAGCAAGACCAAAGAAAAGGAGGACAAGGGCGUAGCAGAAGUUGAAGCUGUGAUUGAAAACGGGGUCGAGACGGAUGAGGAGAAAGAGGACGGCGAAGAGAGCGUGAUCAAAGGCAAGACAGAAGAGCCAGCAGGCGCGGAGGUCAUCACCAAGGAGAUUGUGGCAGAUUCACAGGCCACACCGACAAAUCAAAGCCCAGAGGAGACUCAAGAGUAGCCCCAAGUAGUCCAAGUCAAGGUUUUCCCCCGCCCUACCUCUCAAAUUCCCCAUCUUAAGAAAUGGUUUACAGUGUUGUCCCUGAUCCAAAUUAAAGGGGCUUCGAUCCCCAUCGCUGCAGCAUUCUCCAAGCCUACCAUCUUUCAUAGACAAUUCCCCCGCAACCUGCCACAGUAUAGAUACAGAACGAUUUCAUGUAACUGCAGACAUCAUCCCUACUGUAUAACCACACAUACUGAAUGUAUAUGUCCAAAACAGGAGAUGUUGGUGCAGGAUAGUCAAUGUGGAAAUACUGGAAUGACUGGAUGAGGAUCAACAGGGGGUUGAAUAUCUUCAGUGAUGUCAUGAUCAGAUUGGGAAAUGAGAAACAGUUUAAAGGCCUGGUCACACCAACAUUUAAAACAUCAGCAUUUAAAAAAUGUUUAAAAUUUGAGGCAAAAUCUAUUUCUUCAAUGGAAUCACCAAGAUUAGUGGGUUCACUUUUCAUAAAUCCAUUCGACAAAUGAAUUUGCACCACAGCAAGCCAUCCUGACAGUGUUAAACUCUGAGGGAACGGAGACUCGGAGAGUCAAAAUGGAGGAAGCUAUCGUAGCUUGUUAGCUGUGUUGCACCAUCCACUUGUAUUUAACCUCUUCUGUCAGAGUAUGGACCUGCUGCACAAAAGACAGACAAUUAUGAGACAGGGGUCUUUUUAAUAACUGAACUUUUUGUCCCAUUAGUGACUGAGAGUGAACAGUCACUAAUGGUACCACUCUGUACCAGUACAGAGAAAAUAGAAAAAAAGCUUGGAGAGCAAUUGAGACUGACUACUGCUAGCGUGUUAGCAGUUAGCUCACCAGAUACAGUAGUUUUCCAACUGCGAAUAGUCCCUACAUCACCAAGCCUCUAGAAUCACAAAUUUUGCAAAGGUAGGAUAAAUUACACUGUGCCACUCUGGUGUGAUCAGGCCUUUAAGUGAGUGAGUAGCGUUACAUGAUUCGCAUCGCCAUGUAAUGCAGAGUUUGACAUCAACUUUCAACCUAUCUCAUUAGGGUUAAUUAGAUAAACUGAAAGUAGUAAAAUAAUCAUGGAUCGAAGAAAGUUCUGUGCUUGCUUUUGAAGAAUAGUUUGAGAAACAAAACAUAAGUCCUAAUAGAUCUACCCAGAUAUAGCACCUGUUACAAGGUGUACUUUCACCUGAGAGUUCAGCAGCUUUUUUCAGUUAGUGAAGCUGAGAAAAGACAAGUUCCAAAAGCAUCUUAUGUGAUCACAGACUGUAUCACCAUUUCCCGUUCCCUCGUUCUGUGCACCACAGUAAAUUGUGAUGUGGAGGGAACUUGGAGGAGAAAGCUGGUAGAGGUGAUGGGAAAGGCGUUUGUUGCGACAGGCAAUCCAAAGUAGGGUGAAGAGAUAAUUGUUUACGCUGAGCUCUAAGCCGUCAAGUGCUUCAAAGAGAGCCAAUAAUCACUCUUUGGUGUGGUGUGCUAAGCUCACCUUGCAUACAGAAUGUUCCAUAUUCAUAGCCAAGUUAGAUAAGGAUGUGAAAUUCAGCUGAAUGUUUGCAGCUCGAGGGCAGAACUUGAGAUGCACCUAGUUAGCUUUGACAUACAGGAGUGAGGAUAUAUUUCUGUGCAGAGUUGCAUUUUUAAUUACAUUUCCAGUCAAUGGCCACAACAAAAGCACUUGUCAGUGUGGAAACAAGGUUAAGCUGUGUGGUCAGGACCGAGCCUUGUUGUUUACUGAGACCAAAACUGAAGAUUUAGAGGGAGAAAUUGAGACAAAGAAAGUGGUUGAGAGCAAAAGAGAAAGACCACAGAGCAUAAGAGAGUCAAAUAAAAGAAAUGAAUAGGCUCAUUUAAAGUAACGGCAGUUUGCGUCCCACAUUCCCCGUUGAGAUUUCCUUCAUUAUUUUACCUCCAGCUCUUUAAGCACCUCUUACCAGAAAUCAUUUCUGACAAUAACCAAGUCACAAUGUGCUGUUUCAUUGCAUCAUGUAGCUUUCCAUUUAAAAAGGGGGGUGGGGGAGGUGAAGGGGAGUGAGGAAGGUGGCGGCGUUCACAGUGUAGAGUGCUCAUUAGCGCACUAAUGGAUUUUGUCAGUGGGGUAUCUUUCAGAAAUCAUGCAUUUAUAAUGGGGGUCAUUUAUUGGGGGAGGUAUUGACAGCAAAACACCUCAACAUGUCAAGCAAAUAGCCUUCAGAUUUAACGGUGAUGUCAUAGGGAAUCAUUUGCACUGAGGAGGAAGAGUUUGUGUUAAAAAUGCUAAAUUUAGCAAGGAAAUUACACACACUUCAUCAUAAAAUAUGUCAGAAAACCUAUUUAUUAAAAUAUUUGCAUUCAGUUAAUCAAGAACUUAAACUACCUGCUGUCCUGCUUUAUACAGACUGUAAUUUGUCAUAAUUUGGAUCUUUUGUUUUAUGAGAACAGAUGAUACCUUGGUCAAGGAAAAUGUCUCCUUUUUGCGGAUGAAAAUUACACAAAAGUAAGAUGGAUUAUGCUGAAUAAGUGCUCUCCUUAAUUAAUUCACUCGCCGCUGAGAUUUUUUUCAAUGUAAAAUGACAAGUGUUUUUGUGUAGAGUAGAAUAUAAAAACUGUGACCAGCUUAGCCUUAUUACUAUACUGUAAGUGGCCCACAAUCUGCUUUUAGAAAUGUCUUUUAGAGGCACAAUGGUGAUUUAAGUGUUAUAUGUUCGUUAUAGUCAAACAGGAAAGUUUUGCUACAGUGUUGGUAUUUUGAAGCUGUUAUUCCCUGUUUUAUUACUGGAAUUCAGAGUGAGGGGAUAAAAGAUUUGAGGUGUUUGUAAUAUGUUUUGGAUUUAUUUUUAAGAUGUUUAGAACUUUUUUUUAUUAUUGUGAAUGUUCUGUUCUUGAGUCAAGAGAUUUUAUGGUGACUUUGUGUUACCUCUGCUGUUCCGCUAAAGCUUGCUAAAAUGUAUUUCUGACUGACGCUUCGAGCUACCUCCCGAGGGCUGUUGUUGGUUUUAAACCGAGGGGUCACCGCAUGUGUGACCUCCUGAAACAUAUGCUCCUUGUCCUCUCACCCUCCACUAUGACGAAGCCCAGACCUGUGAGCGUGAGGUCAUUGCUAAUGGCAGACAAGGUCAAGGGUCAUAUUAGAGCCAGAAUGGAUUUUCCACAGCUGUACACAGGAGUUUGCAGGAGCACAUGACAAAAAAAAACCUCUGAUACUGAAUUAAGAUAUUCUCUGUGGUAUUUUCUUUACUUUUUUACUUAAUUUUCUCAGCUGCUUUUAGCUUCCAGCUGUUUGAGCUUUAAUAAGCACUUAUUGUAUUCAAGAAAUAUUUUAUGCUGCCUCUUGCAUCAGAGCUGCUGGAGAGCAAAUAAGACUCAGCUGUCACUUUCACACGUUUGUCAGAAUGUGACAAAUAUGAAUUGUGAAAGGCAAUACCAAAAGACGCCUUUUGAUAGCUGACGAGAUCAUUAUGAAUAUUUGAGAAAUUUCCCCACUGAAUCCUGGUCAACUUAUUUCGGCAGAUUUAAUCAAUUUCUUCAUUUUCCCCAGCGUCGAGAUAAACAUUUUACCUGUCAUCUAUCUGUUUUAUGAAUACGAAUUUAUUUCAGUAGUUCUGCCUUUCUCCUUUUUUUGUUUUUUAAUCUGAAACUGUGACAUUUAUCCCCCCUUGGCAUCCUGUGAAAACAGACAGAUCAUAUUCCACUUUACCUAGAAGGGCAGAGUUUGGAAAAUCAGUUAAACGGCAAGAUGAUCUCAUGUGACAUGACUGUUUUUCGACUCCCACUACAUUCCGGUUGGACAUCCACAAACAUGGAUGAUUGUAACCUUGACAAAAGUUACAACCGGCCCUGUAUCUGCCCAUCCUACCUGAGGCCACGGCCUUCAGGGCCACAUCUUUCCCUGAUAAGGGCUGAUUGGUUGCAGUGCAGUCUAACCUCUGACAUGAGUACACUCCAGGGACUGUGGGUAAUUGUGAAUUUUUUUGCCUGGUAUUACAAAAAAGAAAAACACAGACAGGGAGAGAAAAGCGAGGUAUGAUCUGACACUUCAUCAGUUAAAUGAUGCUGAACCAUGUUAACAUAGUCGUCCAUGAAAAUAAGGACACCUUUGACUAAUAUUAGACUUAACUAUACGUUUGCAGCCCUCUACCUAUUUGUGUAAAAAAAAAGUAAUAUACAGUUUCCUGUCUUAUAUCGGCAUAAUUGUUUCUGAGCCUCAAUAGUGGCGCUGGUGCAAUCGUUCUUGGUAAUGCUGUAAAAAAAAAAAAAAAAACGUAAUGGUUCAUUUCCUGUGUGCUACUAUGAUGUGAAAUGGGCAGAGUAGAAACGACAGAACAUGAUACAAUAGGAUGCCGUUAUUUUUUUUCUGUGUUGUCACUUUAGCUUGCUCACAGCCUCUGGAAAAUGUAUUCUUAGGUUUUUGUCUCUGAUGUUAGUUUUUUAUCACCUCGGCUGCCAUCUUGAAUGUUGAGUAUCUUUGAUCAUGUGCCGAUGUCACUCGCAUAGCAGCGUUUGCUAUCGAGGAAGAAAAAGUAUUCUUUAUCUUUGCUAUCCUGAGUAUGUCCACAUUCCUAUUGUUCAUGACAUCUGUACAAUUUGUAUAUUAUAAAAUGAUUUAUAUUUAAUGUG